UUCAACAGAAGUAGUGGUGGUCACAGAAGAGUUUCCAGGCCCGUCUACAACUAGAAUCGGCGACGGUGAAGAUGCGCCUAUUCUCAAUAAUGACGACAAUGAUGAGGAUGAUUCUGAGCCGGAACUGGCUCGAUCGAUGCCCAUAAACCUCACUGUGGCGCGUCUUAAUACGUCUCGACCAGAUAUUCUGAGCAGGAGGUCUAACAGGUAUUUCUGGAGCGCAUUGACUGUGGCUGUUGUGUACGCAUUGCCUGUUGUACAACUUUUAAUCACGUAUCAAGAUAUAGUGUUCCAAACUGGCAACCAAGACUUGUGCUACUACAACUUUCUCUGCGCUCAUCCUCUGGGCUUCCUAUCUGACUUCAACCACGUGAUCUCCAACGCUGGCUACGUUUUAUUGGGCCUGGUCUUCAUGUUGCAGACCAGGCUUCGCCAGCGGAGAAUGAAGAAUAAUCAGGACAUAGGCAUCCCUCAGCAUUGGGGCCUGUUCUACUCGAUGGGACUAGCUCUAGUGAUGGAGGGGCUGCUCUCCGGGUGUUACCACCUUUGCCCCAAUAAGAUGAACUUCCAGUUUGAUUCAUCGUUCAUGUACGUGAUAGCGGUGCUGUGCAUGGUAAAGCUUUACCAGAACAGGCACCCCGACGUGAACGCCAGCGCGCACGCCACAUUUAUGUUGCUGGCAUUUAUUAUGGCUAUUGGUCUAUUCGGGAUAAUGUACCCGAGCGUGUACUUCUGGGUGGUGUUCACGAUCGCGCACAUCGCCACGUGUCUCAUUCUCACGUUGAAAAUCUACUACGUCGGCCGGUUUAAAAUGGAGUGGUCGAUAUUCUCAACCGCUUUCAACGGCCUUCGCUUACACGGUCGCCGAGCGUUCGUCCCCAAAUACUUGGCCAGAGCAGUUCUACUAGCCGUGGCGAACCUCGCUAACUGGGCAUUGGCUGCUUUUGGCAUGUACGAGCACAACAAGGACUUUGCCCGCCACGUUCUGGCAAUCCUGAUGGGCAACACGAUCCUCUACAUGAUGUUCUACAUAAUUAUGAAACUCAUCCACAAGGAGAGACUGAUGCUGCACACGUGGCUGUACUUUGUGUUGGCCCAUGCGGCUUGGUUCAGCGCUUUGAGGCUGUUCCUAGACUCAAGGACGAAAUGGUCGGUAAGUACUCGGUAUUAGAGAACCCCUGGUAUA